AGCUCUCUCACUCCAUAUCGAUUGCAUGACUUGGCCUGUUUUUCACCACGGUUGAGUUGAGGAGUAGGUAUUAUAUUGAUCAACGAAUACUCUCAACUAUCAUAUCUGCUUGCGACAGAGUCACCAUGAAGCUCUUACUAUCUACCUCGAAUAUUAUGACCACCGGUCCCUCGGUGGUCCGCUUUCAUGCCGAAAAAUCAAACGUCGAAUUGAUCAAUUCUCUCAAAUCCAAUUUCCAAGCCGCGCAGCAAAGUUUGCCGCCGCAGGAUGAGCAAUCGAAUAAGAAACCAUGGACAAAACAAGAAGGCGAUACACUUUACGUCCCUGCGACUGACUUUGCGCUCUCUGGACUAUCAGAAGAACGGGAUCAGUACGAUAUUACAGUCAAGUUAUUCUACCUUCCCGGAAUCCCCGCAUCCCGAAGACAGGCACAUACGCGAGAUGCAAUUGAUCUAGUUCUCAAGGAAUUACACGUUGAAACUAUUGAUCUAUUGAUUGUUUCAUUUCCCGGGGUAUCCUUUGACGCAGAGGAUGAAGAAACCGAAGCAAACGACGAGGAUGAAGAAAGGUCGAGGACGGGCAGUGAAAGUAAAGCCGGAAGUGAAUGUACAGAACAAGCAGAUGAUUUUGAGAGUAUGGUGAAAACAUGGCAUACGCUUGAGAUGCUAGUUGAAGAAGGGAAGAUUGCGCAACUUGGCGUCGCGGAGUUUGGUACCGAACGACUGGCCAGAUUCCUUCAGCAGACGAGGAUCAGGCCCUCGGUUGAUCAGAUCAAUGUCAAGGAUUGUUGUGUUGUUCCGAAAUCACUCAUUCUUUACGCCAAGCAGGAGAAGAUUCGAUUGCUCACACAUAAUGACUGCACCAAUAUCUUGCCCCCGGGUACGACGCGAGAACUAUUGGGGUCUGGCAAUGAUGGCGCUGGAAUUCUGGCAUCCGCGCCCGAUGCUGGAGAUGGUCUGCAGGGAGACAUUGAGCCUCAGUGGGUGGUUAAGUAUACGACAGUAGUGAAAGACCGGGGCGUCAUCGAGAAUAAAGGGUACUUUGCCCUUGCCGAGCUUGGAAAUUGUAUUCAGACAAAUGACCGAUCAUGA